UCUCACACUCUCUCUCUCUAUUUGAUUAGAUACUCUGUUUAGUUGGAGUUUGGAAAUGGAGGAUAACAAUGAAUUAGUUCCACUUUUGUUGGUUGAGGCGCGGUCUUUCAUAGCUGGGGAAGACGACAUUCUCCCAAUUAACGAUUUUAAAGACUUCACUAAACAAUUCUAUGUCGAGUCGGUUAAGCUAUGGUACCUGGCUGCCCCUGCCAUUUUCACCUCCGUUUGUCAAUACUCCCUUGGCGCCACCACUCAACUCCUCGCCGGCCAUGUCGGUACUAUCCAACUCGCCGCUGUUUCCGUCGAGAACUCGGUCAUCGCCGGCUUCUCUUUCGGCAUCCUGAUGGGAAUGGGGAGUGCCUUAGAAACACUUUGUGGUCAAGCAUACGGGGCAGGGCAACUAGAAAUGCUUGGGAUCUACAUGCAGAGAUCAUGGGUCAUUCUUCUCACCACCGCUAUGAUAAUGAUGCUUGUAUACAUCUUUGCCGCCCCAAUUCUUCUCUUGAUCGGUCAAACACCCGCGAUCUCAACCGCGGCAGGGAGUUUCUCGAUCUGGAUGAUUCCCCAAUUGUUUGCAUACGCCAUGGUUUUCCCACUUGCUAAAUUCCUCCAGGCUCAGAGCAAGAUGAUCGCCAUGGCGGUUAUAGCGGCUGCAGCCCUGAUCUUGCAUAUAAUAUUCAGCUGGUUGCUGAUGUUGAAGCUUGACAUGGGCCUGCCCGGGGCGGCGGUGGUGCUUAAUGGCUCGUGGUGGUUCAUAGUGGCGGCACAGAUUGUGUACAUACUUUCGGGGACAUGUGGAGAUGCCUGGUCCGGGUUCUCUUGGAAAGCCUUUCAGAAUUUGUGGGGGUUUCUCAAAUUAUCUCUAGCUUCUGCUGUCAUGCUCUGCUUGGAAUUCUGGUACUUCAACGUCUUGAUUCUCUUUGCCGGUUACCUAAAGAAUGCAGAAAUUGCAGUGGAUUCUAUAUCAGUGUGCAUGAACAUAUUGGGAUGGACGGUUAUGGUGGCUUUUGGAUUCAAUGCUGCCAUAAGCGUACGAGUAUCAAACGAACUGGGGGCGGCACACCCGAGAACUGCAAAAUUCUCGGUGAUAGUAGCGACAAUAACAUCGCUGGUGUUCGGUUUGUUGAUGGCAUUGGUGUUAAUGGUUUUCCGAAGACAGUAUCCAGCUCUUUUUGCAAAUAGCAUACAAGUGCAACAACUUGUAUACGAGAUUACACCCUUGCUUGCGUUAAGCAUCGUCAUUAGUAAUGUUCAGCCCACGCUUUCAGGUGUGGCAAUUGGAGCAGGAUGGCAAGCUUAUGUUGCAUACGUGAACCUCGUCUCAUAUUAUGUAUUCGGCAUUCCUUUGGGCUUGUUAUUGGCUUAUAUAAUGGACAUGGGCGUAAAGGGAAUAUGGUAUGGAAUGAUUGGUGGAACGGGGGUACAAACGUGUUUCUUGUUCUGGAUGAUCUACAGAACCAAUUGGAACAAAGAGGCAUCCAUGGCUGAAGGAAGGAUCAAAGAGUGGGGUACUGAUCAAAAGAUCAAUAAGGAUAAAGUACAAGUAGUUGCAUGAAAAUUGCAAUUAAGAAUAUAUAUGUAAUGGUUUUGUUUUUUCUCAAUAAAUAACUCUAGCUACCUCAACAUAUCCACGAGUUCC